AGGUGAAGGUGAAGAUAACGAAGGGAGAGAAAGAAAGGAUGGGUACCUUGUUGCGCGUCUCCACUCCAAUAUCUGCAUUCGCUUCCUUCAGGCUGAGGGCCCCACCCGUGAACUCGCCGGCGCUUUGCAUCCACGGCGGCGGUCGGAGCCGGAGGGGGUCGGCGGCGGGGGCUCGUGCGGGUCCCACCAUGAAAAGCAUCCUCUUCGCCGUCGCGCUUCCCUCGUCUCUUCUGGGCGUCACCAUCUUAGCGGCGCUUCGAAUGGGCGAUAAGCUGGACCGAGACUGGCUCGAGGAGAUGGCCAAAAAUGAAGCUGCGUUGGAAAUUGAUGAAUAUGAUGACGAUGACGAUGAUGAUGACGGUGGCGGCCAAGAGGAGAGCAGUGCAGAGACUUACGUGCGACAGCCUGCCCUUCGCAACAGACCCAAAAGGGAAGCUUAAAAUUUGAUGGUGUUUGUAUUUUAGAUCAGCAGACUCACCGGUGUAAUGGGAGAGGAGAGGUGUCUUACUUCAAUCAUCAACCUUCAAGUUUCCCAGUUCAUGUAUUGGUUAGCUUGCCAUAUAAUCUUUUGAAAUAGCGCUAAUCAUGUAAGAUGAAUCUAAUGUCUAUACCUUGAAAAAUGAAAAGGUUUAUAAUGUGAUGCAACAGAGCAUUUCAUUUUUCCAGAUGUAAGAACAAAUACUAUUUAUUUUCAAAAUACCAAUGGAAAAGAUAAGGUAAAUACGCUAUAUUUUCCUAGUUUUCACAUUUCAGUGCGGAACAAAUAGCUUUGUUUCAUCUGUGAGUAGACACAAAUCCCUUUGUAGUCAUCACCUACUAUUUUGUUUGCCGUGAACCUUUAUGCCGAUUGUUA